AUGCGCUUCACCUCCAUCAUCGUCGCCGCGACCGUCUUCGGCACCCAGCUACUCUCCGCGACUGCCGCCCCCGCCGUCAUGGCUGCAAACGCUGCUAUGUCUGCCGCCGUCGCCACCGCCGCCGUCGCCUCCGCCGCGGCGGUGCACCCCAACCAGGACUUCGCGCUGUCGGCCGCGACCGCCGCGGCGCGCCCGUCUGCUGCCACGGCCGCGGCUCGUCCCUCCGCUGCCGUCGCUGCGUCUGCUGCCGUCGCCGCGUCCGCCGCGGUCGUCGCUCCCGCGCACAAUGCCGCCGCUUCCGCUGCGAUUGCCCGCCCCCGCCCCCCGCACAGCGCCGCCGCCGCGUCUGCUGCCGUCGUGGCGCAGGCCAGCGCUGCUGUGAAGGCGGACGUCUUGCUGCUCAUUCUGACGCACCCAUUCUUGUCUGCAGCACACUCAGGGCACCUGGCUGUGUCCGCCGCGAAAGCAUCCGAGGCGCUGAUCCCGUCGGACGCGCUUUUGGUUGAGCUCGAACCCGCCGCCACGUCUCUGCCGGUUGAGGUUCAUAUCGGCAGAACGCACCGUCGCGGUGUUCAUCCACCGUCCCAGAGACCACCCCAACGCAUGAACGAGCGCGACGCACCCCUCGCCAAGACCGCGGCAUACACGGAAAUUUCCCUGGUUGUGGUAGUGAUCGUCGCGCUCCUCCUCACGUUCUACGGAUCAAACUCCCUCUGA